AUGGGGAGUUAUUAUAACGGCGGUGGAGAUACGGAACAGCAGCAAAGGCAGACGUUAUCGGCUCCUUUGAAGGCGAAGAAGAAGUCGUCGGCGGCUUUAUAUCAAGCUGGUUCGGAGGUGGAUGAUAUUGUUACCCUCUUACAUGGCUCCGAUCCGGUGCGUGUGGAGCUCACUCGCCUUGAGAAUGAAGUCCGAGAUAAAGGUAGAGCACUGGGAGAGGCUAAUGCAGAAAUAAAGGCUUUGAAAUACUCUGAACGCCUUAGAGAGAAGGCAGUUGAAGAGCUAAGAGAUGAGCUAAAUAAAGUAGAUGAAAAGCUAAAAGCCACAGAAGCUCUCCUUGAAAGCAAGAAUCUAGAGAAUAAGAAAAUAAAUGAAGAGAAAAAAGCAACUCUGGCCGCACAAUAUGCUGCAGAAGCCACACUUCGAAGGGUGCAUGCUGCCCAGAAAGAUGACGAGAUGCCACCGAUCGAGGCAAUAAUAGCACCAUUGGAGGCUGAGUUGAAGCUGGCAAGGUUGGAGGUAGCAAAGCUACAAGAUGAUAACAAAGCGCUUGAUCGGCUUACUAAAUCUAAAGAGGCUGCUCUACUGGAAGCAGAACAUUCAGUUCAGAUGGCUUUAGCAAAAGCUUCCUUGGUUGAUGAUCUCCAGAACACAAACCAAGAGCUGAUGAAACAGAUUGAGAUAUGCCAGGAGGAGAACAAAAUAUUGGACAAAAUGCAUAGGCAAAAGGUUUCUGAGGUUGAAAAGCUAACUCAAACUGUUCGUGAGCUCGAGGAGGCUGUUUUGGCUGGUGGCGCUGCAGCCAAUGCCGUACGUGAUUACCAGCGGAAAGUGCAAGAAAUAAAUGAAGAGAAAAGGAUUCUAGACCGUGAACUAGCUCGGGCUAAGGUUUCCGCAAAUCGUGUUGCUGUUGUUGUUGCAAAUGAUUGGAAAGAUGCCAAUGACAAAGUAAUGCCAGUAAAGCAGUGGCUUGAAGAAAGAAAGUUCUAUCAGGCACAAAUGAACCAACUGAAAGAUAAGCUGGCAAUUGCAGAGCGUGCAGCUAAGUCAGAAGCACAGUUAAAGGAAAAAUACCUAUUACGAUUUAAAGUUUUAGAGGAAAGGCUUAAAGCAUGUCAAAAUGGUACUUCCCGUGUGUCAUUACGUGGAGGAAAUGUAAGCAAUGGGACCUCAAGAAGGCAGUCUUUUGGAGGAGCAGAAAAUUUGACCAGGACAUCCUCCAAUGGGUUUCUAUCUAAAAAAGCAAAUUUUCAAUCUGGGUUAUCCCGGACAAGUAGUGCUUAUGCACAGCAGGCAAAGAAUUUGUCAAGCUCAUGUGAUGGUGGUAGUGGACCAGCAGUAGACGAGAAAGAUAAUCAACCAAACAGUGUCAUCAAAGAAACUCAAACUAAUGGAAGGAUUACUUCCCUGGAGAAUGGGGAUGAGAGUACUUCCAGUGUAAAAUUGAAAAUGGAAAAUGAAGACUACGUUUCUGGAACAUUGUACGAUAUGCUGCAGAAGGAGGUUUUAACUCUGCAAAAAUCUUGCCAUGACAAAGAUCAAAGCCUCAAAGAUAAAGAUGACGCAAUCGAGGCUUUGGCAAAAAAGGUUGAAACAUUGAACAAGGCAAUGGAAGUUGAGGCCAAGAAAAUGCGAAGAGAAGUAGCUUCUAUGGAGAAGGAAAUUGUAGCGAUGCGCAAUGGCAAAGAACAAGAUCAAAGAAACAGACGUGUUGGUUCUGUCAGAGGAGCCGUCAAUGGUUCUCAUUCACUUUUAGUGAGGAAUGGCCGGCCUCCAUAG